UAAUUUAGGUAUUUUUCGAACGUCUACUGCCGUUAACUUGGUAUUCGUGCGCCUUAGGCCGACUGCCAUGGCUGCAUGCCUUCACCUUACUCACCAGAUCAGAAAGACCCCUGUGACUCACGGACUUCAGUAUGCGGUAAUGUGAAAAAAGGCAAACAGACAUGUUAAUAUGAGUCUCAGUUUUACGAGUAGAAAAGGUAGAGCCAGAUUCCAUCUUCAUCUUUCAUAAUCGCCAGAAUCAAGAGUUCCAAAACAAACCCCAACAGCAAUGCCGGGCAACAUGCGUGUUGCCAUAGCAGGUACCUGUGGCCUAGCACUCCUGAUAGCUCAGGAGAUUAACAACUCGACCAGCCACCAGUUGGUCAUUCUCUCCAGAACUCACCAGACAAGCCUCAUAGCAUCCGGGUACAACUGUCAGACCGUAGACUACAACAGCCCUGCCUCCCUUCAGCAUGCCUUGAUGGGCGUUGACACGGUCAUCUCCACGGUACUGGGCAAUCCCCAGCUUCGACUCAUUGAAGCAGCCGUACAAUGUCGCGUGCGACGCUUUGCACCUGCCGAGUUCCAAGGCCAGCCCGGGUUGCGAAGCCAGAGCGAACUACUCGAUCGUGGACAGAACGCGGCUCUGGCUUUGCUGAAGCACUACAGUGGCAAUAUUCAGCAUACCGUAUUUGUAUGCGGUAUUCUAUAUGAAAGAUUCUCGGUCAAUGGGAUGAUGUCUCAUCGCAUGGGCGCCAGCACAGGCUAUGCCAACGAAGGAGACUUCAUUGCCAAUCCCCGCCAGAUGACUUCGAUGGCGCCAAUCUACGACGCUGCAAACAACCUCUCGUCGCUGUGUUUGACGUCUGCAUAUGAUGUGGCACGGUUCGUAGUUCGAGCCCUUGACAUGCCCAACUGGGCUCCCGAGAUGAGCAUGUGCGGCGAGCGCAUGACUGUGAGCAGGCUUGUAGAGACCAUCAGAGCGUGCAGGAAUCGUGCUUGGAUUAGUAUUGACUACCAAGCGCCUGCGAACCUUGAAUAUCGCAUGACCAUGGCACAGCUGGAAGGAAACAUAGCUGAGCAAAGACGACUCGCUCCGCUCCUUGCGACAGCAGAAGGACGCUACGACUUUGCAGUACCCGCGUACCUCAACUCUGUCUUUCCAGACAUACACGUGACACGCUUCCAAGACUGGUUCAUGUGCAACUGGGCAUCGAUCCCUUGAACAAACUCAGUUACGUCACACAUGAGUUACGUGCUCAUCAGGACUCGGAUGCGGGGAACCAUUGCGUGAGGAUCCACGGGUGGAACAGGCAUCAGAAAAUCCUGUCGUGGUCGCGUUAGACUCAGCCAAUGUGUCCGUUCGCCAUGUCCGCCCGAUGGCUGGCACCAUCCCUGUCAUGCUAUUGGUCUGGGCUCUACACCUCAUCUUCUCCACUUGGUCAUUGCUCCUAGCUGGUUUUUUGAUGGCUCCUUCGUUUGCUUUGCUACUAGGUGUAGACUGGUCUUGUCCUGCGAAUGGACAGUGGUAGAAAGGUGGUUGGCAAGAAUGUAGGGAGAAAUGGGCGCUCGUUUUGUUAGAGCAUCGUAUCUUUUUCCAAUGAUUGUUUACA